AUGUGACGGAAAUACGGGGUUGCCUAUGGGCGCUGUAGCGGCCAUUGUGGUGCUUGCGGUGUUUGCCAGCGCCCUCCUCGUGGUCCUCCUUUGCAUCUACAAGCGGACCGGAUGUUAUCUAAGACGUGACGCAUUCAAUCCGCGGUCCGAUGACACUUAUCUGACGCCGGUGUACGACGAAAACCUCCAACGGCACGGCGUCAACGCAAGUGAAACGCCGACUACUCACAUAAAGAAACACGAAGACUAUGACUUCCUGAAAGAUCAUCCAAACGCUGGGUUGCGAUAUGACGGUAUGUCAAAUCAAUAUAAUGGGAGAGACAGACAUUGCAGUCAAAACGGAAGUAGCACCCAGAGUAGGAAUUCAGAGGUUCAGAGGGAGCGGCUUGCUAUCACGUGAUGCCGUGGACAAUCCUACGGAGCUUUAAAAAACUUAUGUGAAUUCCGUGAAAUAGUUCAAUAAUGUUUGGAAUAAAUGAAGUAAUGUACCAUAUAUAAUAAUAAUUAUUAGUUUAGUAUAUUUCCAUGACGGUGUUAUAUGACAUAAAUUCACGUUUGCAUCGCUAAAUGGUACGGCUCAAACGUGACAUGUAUUCCGAUAUAUUUAUGUUUAGUAAACAGACAACUGCCACAAGAUUGUCAGAGGGAAAAACACACCUUCAAUCAACCACAGACUCACUCUUUGUAUAGAGAUAAUGUUGAUAUCAAUAUAUCUAAAACAUCGAAUUGCACAGGCUAAUCUGUGACACUUUACGCACAUGCAUUCAGCCCUAUUUUCCCAGAGCGAGACUCAUAUUUUCUAUUUGUCUUUGCGUAGAAUGUUAGAAGUAUAACCAAUCAUUAUUGCUCAUUAUUGCUGAAUGCUGCACAUGCCAUA